AUGAUCAGUCUCACCAAGCUUGCUUUUGUAGCCUUUGCAGGCACAGCUGCCGCAGUCCCACGCAAGGAUGCCACGCCAACAAAGCCGGGCGACUGCACAACAACACUUACUAUACUUGACGCCGGCUUCACGGGCGACUACAAACCAACAGCCACCAUCACGCUCUAUAAUAGUACCGUGACCGUUGCCAAACCAACUGAUUGCCACGGCUGCAACCAUAUUACUUCGACAACGGAACUUGCACCUUGGUGGGGCGGUAUUGGGCCAGAGGUUGCGAAAGCCAUCUGGGUCUAUGCAACGGCACCUACUACGGUCACCACCUUCGUAUGCGCCACGUCAACAGCCACUCCCGCGGAUGUCCCGGUACCUGAGCCAACUAAAUAG